AUGUUUCUGAAUACUUUGUCACCUAAAUUUUAUGUGGCUUUAACAGGAACAAGCUCCUUAAUAUCUGGGCUUAUUUUGAUUUUUGAGUGGUGGUACUUUAAGAAGUACGGAAAGUCGUUUAUUGAGCAAAUUUCUUGGAGCCACAUAUAUCCACUCAUUGGUGGAAGUGAUGAAGAUAAUGAAUGUGAUAGUAUGGAAUCUAAUGGUCACCUAGCGUCUACGCAAGAGUGUAAGGUGUGGAGAAAUCCUUAUAGUUUGUUUAGGGGGGCGGAGUAUCGAAAGUUUUUCCACGAAACAGGUCGUGACCCCCUGACGUAUUAUGAUAUGAACUUGUCUGCUCAAGAUCAUCAGACAUUUUUCACAUGUGAAGCAGAUGGCGGAAAGCCUGAGUAUGAAAUUAUGCAACUUUCAUGGAGAGAGCGAAAUCACGAAGAAAGAAUCAAGAAGACUAAAGAGGCCUUGGCUAAGAACCCUGAAUGUGCAACUGCAAUGAUCUUGCUUGCAGAGGAGGAGUGCUCCUACAUCGUAGAUGUAGAAAAAGUAUACAAACAAGCAUAUAAAGUUGCUGAGACAAAUCUUCGUCGUUCUCAACAGCUUCAAAACCACAGUCCAGCACAUGAAUCAAUGUAUCGGAGAGAUAUACAUGCAUUUGUUUUCAUUCGACGUCGACUUGCAAUGUGUGCAAGAAAAUUGGGUAAAUUGAAAGAAGCAAUAAAAAUGAUGAAAGAUCUUAUAAAGGAAUAUCCAAAUUUAAAUCUUUUCAAUAUCCAUGAAAAUCUUAUUGAAUGCUACCUAGCUGCCCAGCAAUAUGCUGAUGCUCAGGCUUUCCUAGCUAAAUACGAUGAUAUUAACUAUCCGAAAUCAGCUACUAUAUGUUACACUGCAGCUUUACUUAAAGCCAGACAAGUAUCUGAAAAAUUUUCUCCGGACUUGGCGUCACGUAGGGGUUUGAAUGCAGCUGAACUGAGUGCUGUUGAAGCUAUUCAUCGGGCUGUUGAAUUUAAUCCACAUGUACCAAAAUACCUUCUUGAAAUGAAACCUCUAAUAUUGCCUACAGAGCACAUUUUAAAACGUGGCGAUUCUGAAGCCAUAGCAUAUGCAUUUUUUCAUUUAGCCCAUUGGAAAGCUGUAGAAGGUGCAAUUAAUUUAUUAUAUUGUACAUGGGAGGGAACUUUUCGACUCAUUCCAUAUCCUCUAGAAAAAGGAAACCUUUUUUAUCCUUAUCCUCAUUCAACUACAGCGACCGAUCGAGAACUUUUACCAACAGCUCGUCUUUGGUGGAAAUUCGACUGCAUCUAAACGUUCUCGAGUCACUGCCUGGUUGGAAAUUGUAUGUUACCACCGAAUACAAAAACUGAAGCAGUUUUUCUGAAACCACGUGCACCAUUCAAACUUGCUGCCUUCAACGUUCGCACACUUAUACAGGUCAGACAACAGAUAGGGCUGGCUAUGUCUUUGGAAAGUCUUAAUAUCGAUGUUUGCUGUCUAUCCGAGACCCGUAUUCAAGACUCUGGUGAAGUACUACAAUUUCGAUCUCCAUCUUUCGCUUCAAAAAGCUUGUUUUACAUACGCUUAUACGGGGACCCUGUGGCAUCUUCG